AUGGCUGGAUAUACUUGUAACACUUGCGGUGUUGUGUUUGACACUGCGGUUGGCCAAAGAGAGCACAUGAAGUCGGACUGGCACAGAUACAAUUUGAAGAGAAGAGUCGCUGGUUUGCCAUCCAUAGAUGAAGCUACUUUUAGUGAAAAGGUUGCUAAUGCUCGUGUAGAGAAGGAAGAAGAAGAGAACAAGCAUAAGAAGGAUAAAGUUAAACAGAUGACGAAGAAGGAGAUGCGUAGGUUAGAAAAGGAGAAGUUACUAGCCAAGAAGCAGCAACUAUUGCAGCUCGCUAAGGAGUCUAUGUUGAAGAACAUGCAAGAUAGUACUCCUGUUAAUAAAGCAUCAGAUGAUCCUGAGGUGCAAGUAGAAGCAGAACAGAAGGACGAAGUUGCCAAAUCCAAAGCAGAAGAGAUUCCAGAAGAAGAAAUGACCCCCGAUCAACUUGCUGAGAAGUUAAUGGCUGAAAAGCUUCAUAACAGAGUUGAAAUUCCAGAAACUGAGUGUCUAUUUACCGGUAAGAAGUAUAAAACUUUUGAAGAAAAUUUGGAUCAUAUGUUCAGAGACCAUGGUUUCUAUAUUCCAGAACAGAAAUAUUUAGUUGAUAAAAGUGGUCUUUUCAAAUACUUUUCGGAAAAGAUUGGUUUGGGUAAUAUGUGUUUCUGCUGUUCUUACCAAGGUAGGUCCUUAGAAGCGGUCAGAGCUCAUAUGCUAUCGAAAAAGCAUUGCCGUAUUCCAUACGAAACGGAAGCUGAAAAGUUGGAAAUAUCAGAGUUUUAUGAUUUUUCGAGUACCUAUGAAGAGUUAGAUAAAGCCGUCAACGAGGAUGAAUCCCAGUGGGUGGAUGUUGAUGAAGAUGACGACGGUGAUAUUGAGAAUGAUAAAAAGGAAGAUGAUGAAGAAGAAGAAGAAUUACCUGAACAUAUACUAUACAACGACGGUGUCGAAUUACAUCUACCUACUGGUGUGAAGGUUGGUCACAGAACCUUACAACGGUAUUACAGACAAAAUCUUAAACCUGAGCGUGAACUUAGUGAGGGCCAAGGUACUAUCGUUGCUGCAGACACCAGACACUUCGCUACCAUUUUCGAUAGACAACAACAACAAGUACAAAAGACUACUUGGCAAACAGAAGUCAAAGACAAGAAAAGAGACGAUAAAAGAGCUGCCAAGUUCGUUAAUAACCAACCUCAUUACAGAGACCAAUUGUUACAGUAG